AGUCCGAACACAUUGCCCUUCUUACUGUCGUGCAUUUUCAUUUACUGCUAAGUGAAGAGAGGGGCAUUAGGUGAUUGGAAAUGCCCCUCGACUCUUUGUCCCACUCGGGAUUCGAAUCCAGAAUUCUCGAUUACGAGUCGGAAAAAAACCGCCUGUACUACUGGGACCCCAACUGUCCAUGGGUUCUGUUAUACAUACCUCUAGGAAUUUUAAUAAUUAUGAAGAGUAGAAGGGAAUGUAUUAAAUGAUCGUCUUCGGCACUAGUGAUACAUAUAUUUUGUUUUGCCAAAUUAAGCAACGGCAAUGAACAAUGAUGAGAUAAUGGACAAAUAUCUAAGUUACCCCCAGGCAGGUUUUCUGUGGAGGUGGUCUUAUGUGACAGGUGUUGUGGGACGUGUGUUGAAGCGCUCAUGUGUUGUGGGCGUGAAGGUGUUCCCGUCCAGUGUUGUGGUGUUGUGGGCGUGGAGGUGUUCUUGUCUAGUGGUGUGUUGUGGGCGUGGAGGUGUUAUCGUCCAGUGUUGUAGUGGUGUGGGCGUGGACGUGUUAUCGUCCAGUGGUGUUGUGGGCGUGUAGGUCCUGCUCUGCUAGGGUGUAGGUCGUGAAGGUCCUCGUCUCCAGUUGUGGGCCGUAAAGGCCCUUAUCUGUGGUGGUGUUUUGGUCCUCGAGGCCCUCAUCUGGUGGUAAAGGCCCUCAUCUGGUUGUGUUGUGGGGUUGAAGGCCUGCAUCUGGUAUUGUAGACUUGAAGGCCCCCCCCCACACCCAGUGUUGUGGUGUGUAGGUUGUGGAGAAGGUGCAAUGUACUACGGUGCAUUGUGGGGAUGAAUGUCCUCGUCUUGUGUGGGUUGUAAGGGUGAAGGUUCCUAUCUGGUGUAGACCAGCGGCGUGAAGUUCCUUCAAUGUGUGAAUUGUCCGAGCGAAGUUGCUUCGGUGGUGCGUGAGCCGUGGGUGUGAAGUCCCCGCAUCUGGCAAAAUAAUACUCGAAGGAUGCUUAACCAGUAUAUUCAAGAGCUGGAGCAGGAUCCCUUUGAUGGGGAGGAGUUUGUGGAGAGGUUAGCAUGGCGGGUCAAUGCCAGUAUAUCUCCCCCUGGUAGUACAGAUUCCGGUUUUAAUCCCGACUUGCUUCAUGAAGCCUUCACACAAGCCAUCAAGGACCUGCAGUUGCUGGAUGAGAGAACAGCUAAAAAGUGUGAGCGUGUGGAGGCAGCAGUAAGAGAAGAGGAAGUGCGCCAUUGGCACAACGUGGCACAACUCCUAGACAACAACAGGGAGGCCUUCCAGAGCUUCCAGGAUCUAGACAGCCACAUUAAUAGUGUAGCAACGAAAGUUGUUCAUCUGGGUGACCAGCUGGAAAGUGUCAAUACACCGAGAUCUCGGGCAGUUGAGGCACAGCGUCUCAUGAACCAUUUCAGAGAAUUUCUCCUACCAGGUCCCCUUGUGUCGGAAGUUUUUACUGACAAAACAAAGAUUUAUGAGGCGGCUGAUGUUAUUCAAAAAUUACAUCUCAUAGCUCAGGAAUUACCAUCUGGCAAGUUUGAGAAUGCCAAGCAAAAGAUUGCAGAGAAGUAUGAUGAGAUUGAACGUUCACUUAUCAUGGAGUUUGUUAAGGCUCACCGAGUAGGAGAUAAGGACCGGAUGAAAGAAAUUGCAUCCACGUUGUCACAUUUCAAGGGUUAUUCACAGUGUAUUGAUGCCUUCAUAGAAGAAGCACAACAUGGUGCGCUACGGUCUCGAGACCUCUACAUUGAGGUGGUUCCUCUCUGUCACCGAUCAGAAGUCCUUAUACGGGAAGUGUUCACAAAUCCAGAGCAAGUCAUGGGGAAAUUUGUUCUUAACAUAUUCCAAGGACAAUUACAAGAAUACAUCCAGGUGAAGCUUGACAAUAAGAGUGUUCCAGAAAUGUACUUGAAGAAUCUGCAUGAAUUAUACUGCCAGACUCUUAAGCUGUGCACGGAUCUGCAGCGUUUCAACUUGGGUAAUGAUUCACAGUUUCUGGCCAAGCUUACCAAGUCUAUCUUUCAACGUCAUCUGCAUUCAUAUAUCAGUGUGGAGACAAGGUACUUACGGGAGAAGUUCAAUUCAAUUUUAAGUCGCUACUAUGAAGCCAAAGGACAUCAAAAGAAAAAUAUACAAUCCGGAGGUAUUAAUGAUAUUCGGCGAAAUAUUCAGGAUGUGAUUGGAACCAAAGCUAACAUCAACAUUGGACCUGCUGUAGAAAAUUAUGGUGGAGAGACAUUUUUGUCCGAGGAAGUUGCUAUAUCUCUGCUUCAGGAGACAAAGCAGGCCUUUAAGAGGUGUCAGAUGUUGUCCACACAGUCGGAUGUUCACAACAAUGCAGUGCAAAUAUUUGAUCUUCUUACAAAGGCCUUAUUAAUUGAGCAUGUUGACUAUGCAAUUGAGCUGGGUCUUCAAGUGAUCCCUGGAGGCGAGGUGCGUACACAGCCCGAGAUCAGUUUCUUUGAGGUUCUCCACCAGAGCAGCUCCAUGAUGAACCUCCUGGACAAGUUAUUCAGUGACACCCUCGUUCCACUAGUUAUAUCUACACCAAAACAUGGAGAUUGUUUGCAGAAGAAGAAGCAGUUGGGAACAAAUCUGGAGCAGAAGUUGGACUUAGGGUUGGACCGUACCCUGUCUGCAAUUGUCAGCUAUGUCCGUAACGUUCUCACUAUUGAACAGAAACGGACUGAUUUCAAGCCUGAAAAUGAUGAUAUGCUCAUAACCAAUGUCACUGUGGCUUGUCAAAAAGUUGUACGAUAUGUGAGUGGAAUAGCCGAGCGUAUUCGGGAUUCUUUGGAUGGUCACAACUUAGAAAGCGUUCUCCUGGAGCUGGGUCUUAGACUACACCGAGCUGUUCUUGAUCACUUAAUGAAAUUUGAAUACAGUGCAACAGGAGCAAUGGCUGUUAUCUGUGAUGUGAAUGAAUACAGAAAGUGUGUUGCCAGUUUUAAGGUACCUCAUGUUAAUUCACUCUUUGACACACUUCACACACUUUGCAAGCUACUGCAAGUCACUCCAGAAAAUCUUAAGAUGGUGUGUUCAGGAGACCAGCUGAGUGGUCUCGACCGCACUGUGCUGGCAAGCUUCAUCCAAUUACGCUCGGACUACAAAACAGCAAAACUUGGUAAUCAACUAAAGUAAAUCCCUGCACAAGGAACAUAAUAUUCAUAAUUGGGGUUGUUUAUUGCAUCCACCUUAGCAUGUAUUUGAAAGUAACCAUUAUUAAGUAUCUUCAAUGAACUGUAAACAGAGUAACAUGUAAAAAUGAGCUUGAUAGGUCAUUGAAGACUUGUCAGUUUUUCCAGGUCACACAUCUUAAUUUGUGAAGCUUUUAAAAUAGGAACCAUUUGGUUGUAGAGUUGUGAUGAUCACAUUCCAUAUGGUUGAUAUUAUUACCUGCUUUAGAAGAGUAUAUGUGUACAGUAUGUGAAUGCAGAGAUAUACUUCUAAUUAAUGCAUAACAUAACUAAUAUAAGAGUUUUGCUUUUCAGAGUAUAUAAAUAUGCCAAAUUUUCUUUAAAAUUUUGCUAUUUAGAGCAAGUCUUACAUAGGAUUUGUUUUUCCUUUUGGGCUGAGGAACAAUAAUUAAAAUAUACAAUAGCAUUAUGGUAAAUGUGUCACAAGUUAAUUGUUAAGAGAUACUGUACAGUAUUUUGAUAUGACAGAAUAAUUGUACCGUAUAUGUACUUAUUUUGUGAAUUGUGUGCGCAAUAAACACUAAGUGUGCUAAGUUUGGCAACAGUGCUCCCAGCAAUGCUUGUAUGACAGAAUUGUGUGGACUAUUAUUAUACAACAUAAGUACUAUAGAGAAAGGUUUUUCCAAACUUCAUAUAGUAAAUAGGUAAGCAUUUCUUGCAAAUUCAAUUAGAAUGGCUAAGACUUAGGCUAGUAUCUUUUAAAUGUUUUAAUAAAUGUGUGUAAUUUGAGUUGAUUAGAACAGAAUGACAGUGGGGUCUCAUGGUGAAGGACUUUACAUGAAACAUUUAAAAGUACCUGCCUAAACCUUUGUUACCAAAAAGUGUUUUUUAGUAAUGGUGCAGAUUGUUUAAAGAACCUUUUAUAAUAUGUAUUUGGAUAAAAUACUUAAAUUA